CGACACGAUGGGGGACGAGCAAGCACCCAAGCAGGGCCCGGACAGGUUCACCUACGACUAUGAGACCAUCCGCUACGGGGGGCUGAUCUUCGCCAUCGUGGCUUUUGUGGUCGGGCUCCUCAUCAUCCUCAGCCAGCGGUUCCACUGCGGAGGGAAGAAGAAGAGAAGACAAGGAAACGGGGAGGACCUGUAGCUGCAGAGCUGCUGCGGGAGGAGAGCUUCAUCCACAGCUGUGAAGUCCUUGCCAAGGGCCACCCCUUGCCCCGCUCCAGUGCAUCCAUUCAUUACCCUGCUCACCCUGGGCAAAGCUGGGAUGCUAAUUGCCCGCGUGCUUUCCCCUCUGGUAGAUGCAGCAAGUGUUCCUUAGCUAAUAAAGUUCCAGCUGAGAGAGGUU